UAAAUGAACGAGGAAGAAUAUUAAAAUAAAGAAAAUACACAUCCUAAUAUUUAAUCUUCUAACGCUUUAAAUAGCUAGAAACUAACUUAUUUUCAACAAAAGGCUACUUUUUAUUUGGAUGAAGACACUAAAACUUUUUCCUAAACGUUUUAACAGAAUGCUAAGAACUACAAAUUGAAUCUAAACAAAAACAGUUUCAUACAUUUUUGGCCUAAUUAUCCUAUCAGACACUAAAAACUCUUAAUAAACAAUUUUUUACCAAAGUAAAAAGAUAAUUCAAAGAUAAAGCCUUUGAGAGUUAAUUUAUCGCAGCCCUAAAUUAUAAACUUAGAGUAAAAAGCACAAGCUGUGGGAUAAGUUUUUGUUGUUUAUGUAGAAAAGAGCAAUUUUAUCGACUUUUUAGAAAUUAGCUGUGCUACUUUUUCUGUAGUAGAAUUCUAAAAUUAAUAAACAAAUAAUUAACACCAAAAUGAAAUAUUUGGCUUGACAGUUGCUCAUGUCUUUAUGGAUACUCCAUAAAAUACUAAAGGUGAUUACUAUCGCUUAAUAUUUGUAAGUAUGAGUGAAAUUGACACAUUCGAAGAUUUUAAAAAGUCUCUUUAAACAUUCAAAGCAAAAAAAAGAAGAUAAAUUGUAGAUUUCAACAAAUAAAAUGGGUUUAAUAUAAAAGAUUUUAGUAAACUCCUUUAAAAUUAUUUAUAAGAGGAAGAUAAAUACUUUAAGGGAUAGCCUAUUUUUUAGGCAUUCAUAAAUUAUGAAUUCUUAGAAUAUAGACGAGAGUUGAUAUCUGUUAUAAGUGAAAGUGAGACUUCUCAUUAAUUUUUAUUAGAUCCUCUUAACGGAUUGUAAUGUCUCCCUAGUAUAGAUUGCUGUCUACUUUCUUUUGAAGAUAAAUUUAUUGAUUUCUUUAACAAAUAGAAGAUAUAUCCUUUAUAAAUUUCAUAAAAUUAAUACAACAUUUAAGAAGACUAAUAAAAUAAUAUUUAUAUGAUUGGAUAUUAAUAAAUUAUAGGAUCAAUUUUCUAAAAGAAAGACCCUACAUAUAUAUUAAACAUGCUUUAUGAUAAUUAAACAAUAUAACCAAUAGAAGUUAAUAAACUUAUUAACCCUCAUAAAUCCUUGUAAGUGGGAUAAUACGCAAAAAGCAAUAAUUAUAUUUUAACUUUCGAAGCCAGUACUACCUAAGGCUCAAGUGGUUCACCAGUUCUUGAUAUAAAUGGCAAUCUGAUAGGAAUAAACACAGGAUAUUUUGACGAUAUUACAGGAUAUGAAGAUACACAAGAAACUUAAACUUAUUAAAGUAUUAUCAAUUUUGAUAGAAAUGUUAAAGAAAAUCAAUCUAAUUACCACAAAAUUAAAAAUUAUAACUGCGGAAUAGAUACUAACCAUAUUAUAUUCUAAGCAUUUUCAAAAAGAGAAAUUUCAAUUUUCUAAACAAUUCAAAUAUAAAACCCUUCAGAGUUAAGAAAAUCUAUUCCUCCUUCAUAUAAUUACUAAAUAUCAAACUAAAAGUAAAAUAAAUAAAAAAAUAAGUGA